AUGGACUGGAAGACGCUCCAGGCCCUACUGAGCGGGGUGAACAAGUACUCCACAGCCUUCGGACGCAUCUGGCUGUCGGUGGUGUUCGUCUUCCGCGUGCUGGUGUACGUGGUGGCUGCAGAGCGCGUGUGGGGGGACGAGCAGAAGGACUUUGACUGCAACACUAAGCAGCCAGGCUGCACCAACGUCUGCUACGACGAGUUCUUCCCCAUCUCCAACAUCCGCCUCUGGGCCCUGCAGCUCAUCUUCGUCACGUGCCCGUCGCUGCUGGUCAUCCUGCACGUGGCCUACCGCGAGGAGCGGGAGAGGCGGCACCGCGAGAAACACGGCGACCAGUGCGCCAAGCUGUACGACAACGCGGGCAAGAAGCACGGUGGCCUCUGGUGGACCUACCUGCUCAGCCUCAUCUUCAAGCUCCUCAUCGAAUUCCUCUUCCUCUACUUGCUGCACACUCUCUGGUACGGCUUCAGCAUGCCCCGCCUGGUCCAGUGCGCCAACGUGGCCCCCUGCCCCAACGUCGUGGACUGCUACAUCGCCCGGCCCACCGAGAAGAAGCUCUUCACCUACUUCAUGGUGGGCGCCUCCGCCGUCUGCAUCGUGCUCACCUUCUGCGAGAUCUGCUACCUCAUCUUCCACAGGGUCGUGCGAAGCCUUCCCAGAAAGAGCGGCCUCCGGGGCCGCGGCCCCCCGUCCUCCGCCAGCCAGGCCUCCACCUGCCGCUGCCACCACAAGCUGGUGGAGGCCGGGGAGUUGGGCCCGGAUUCCAGCGACGACAAGCUACGUGCUUCGGCACCCAACAUGACCCCCAUCUGACCACGGGCUGGGGAGCGAUCCUGGGCUGCCCGUGGGGACAGGCAGGGAGGUAUUGUGCCGGUGGAGGGGUCCUCCCGGGGCUGGGGGGCCCCACUCUGAAUUCACUACACUAUUCAAUUUCACCUUUAGUAGAUUGUUUUGAGCGCUGGGCACUGUGCUGUCUGUCUGGUAUAGGUCACACCACAGGCCCACUGGCAGCCCUCCUGGGAGAAAGACAAGCAAAUUAACUACUGCCUGCAAGGGGUCACUUAGAGGACUCUGCUGGGCUUCACCUAAGCCAGGAGGGGAUGAUGGGGGGAGGCUUCCCUGAGGGAGGAAUGUUUAAGAGAGGUGAGAAGUGCUUCCUAGCACACAAAAGCAGGUGCAGAGGCCUGGAGGCCACAAAGGGAAAGAUGCUUGCCCUGGGUCUGGUGAGAUAUACCAGACCGAAGGGAAUCUUCAUUCCUUCAGGAGAAGCACCCAGAUUCCUGGGAUGGAAAGGAAGUAUCCUCCCAGCAGUGGAGGUCUGGAGGCUGAGAGUGAGCCUGGGAAGAGGAGGGGUAAGCUCUGGUGACACCAACCCCGGCUUGAGACACCCAGAGAUCCUCUGGGUCACCACUGCCCUUUGGGAACCUGCCCCCCAUCUUAUUCCUCC